UUGAGCUGUGGAAGAUGAUGGAAGGGUGCAGAUGGGACUGCUUUGGGCGGGUGGCGAGGCGUCAGUCGCGUUCUUCCGUCUCCGCCUCCCCUCAUACCCCGAAACCUUCUCUAGUUUGGGCGACACUAGGAAGUACUUUGAGAUCCUCCUGUCUCCUAAGCAUCUGCAGAUGCGGGUGCUGGGGCUGUAUCAUGUGCCCCUGCUUCUCCCCAUUUGCCUUUCUGCAGCUCGUACAAUUAAGGGCUCAUUCCGAACCUCCUUCCUCGAUUUGGGGCUUAGCUAUCCUCCAUAGUGGAAAUGGAUCUCUUCACCUUCCCUUCCCGAACCUUAAAUCUGGGAAAGAGCUACAGCCAUCCCCUUACCACCACCACCUCCACCUCCACCUGGUGUGACUUUGUUUCCUGGGAUUUCUUUGUUAGUGUCGCUUUUCUGCUGUCUAACCACGCCCCCCUCCGGGUGGGUUAGAAUUUAAGGAAUGUAGGAUAUUACUGGAAUAGGUUAGGGUAUAGCCCCAAGCUUUCUUAUCACCAAAUUUCAUUUCCCAAAUUUGUCUCAGGUGCCUUGGACUUCCCCUUAGGAUUUGGAAAGGGAAUAUCUUGAGCAUUCCAUGAAUUUCAGAAACAUUUCUUAGUGGAACAAAACGGAGAAGGGUGAGUGAUGUGCUGAGAGCACAGUUUCAGGCUAAGACAUGGUCAGUACUUUUGAUGGAGCAAUAUAAUUAUAGAGUACUAGCUUACAUUGAGAUAAUGUUACAAUUCAUAGAAAACACAUGUGUUAUUUCAUUUGAUCUUCACAGCAACCCUGUGAGGUAAAUAGUACAAAUGUCACUAGCCCUAUUUUACAGAUAAACUGAAUCAGAUCCCAGAGAAGUUUUAAGUUGGCUAAGAUCACACAGCUAAAAAGUGGCAGAGAGGGCAGCUAGGUAGCACAGUGGAUUGAAUGUUAAGCUUGGAGUCAAAGGUCUGGGUUCAAAUCUAGAUUCCCAUAUUCUCUUGCUUUAUGACCCUGGACCAGUCACUUAAUCCCAGAUAUUAGUCCUUGUUGCUCUUCUUAGAAGUGAUACUAAAAUAGAAGGGAAGGGUUUUUUGUUUGUUUUUGUGGCAGAGGCAGAGUUAAACUCAGAUCUUCUGACUCCAAGUCCUUUGUUUUAAUAAUGCUCUCCUUUAUGUUCUCCAAAUUUUGGAGAAUUUGAUUCAACAAGGCCCAACAGAGGAGGUAACCUUUUAUCUACCCAAUGAGAUUAAGAUUCUCAAAAGCAAGCACUUUGCCUUCUUUUCUAUCAUUGGAAUGAUUUUUUUACAUCUUUACAAACUAAAGAUGCCUUGAAAAAUAAACCAAUGAGAAGUGAGGAAUUCCAGGAAUCCCAGGAAGAGGUAGAAGUCAGUCAGAAGCCAGGCCUGAUCACCUCUCAGCCUAUGCUCUCAGGCCUGGUUCUAUUAAAAAGAUUCAGUUGUCUUAACAUAGAAGUGUAACAAACCAUGGUCAGGAACUAUAGUGUCAGAUCAGAACAGAAUUUCUGUACCAUUGUCCUUCAUGGUCCUCCAACUCUGGCCCUCAUGGAUGGUGACUAGCAGGACAGGGCAAAACAUCAGGGGUAACAAGGCAAGAGAGCUGGCUCUAAGUUGAAUAAUAAUAGCCGACCCUUAUAUAGCGUUUAUGUGCUAGGCACAGUAGUGACCAUUUUACAAUUAUCUCAUUUGAAUCUCACAACCCUGGGACAUAGAUGCUUUUACGCUUAUUAUAGAGAUGAGAAAACUGAGGCAAACACAAGUUAAGUGACUUGUCCAGGGUCACAGAGCUAGUUAGGGUUCAGGACUGGAUUUGAACUCAGGGCUUUGUGACUCCUGGUAUAGUGCUCCAUCUAUCUAGCUGUUCUGUGAGGUAUUGCAACCCUGUGCCAGGUGGCCUACAGAACAGUUAUCCUGUGUUCAACUUCCAUGUCUUUUCCCCAGUUGUCCUCUAUGCUGGGAAUGUUCAUUGUCAUCACCUCCCCCUUAGAUUCCCUGACUUACUUUAAGGUUCAACUCAAAUAUGAUCUUCUGCAAAGAGCCUUUUGCUGGUGUUCCCUGCCCCUUCUCUCAUGCUUUUUUUUUCUGAGAUUACCUCCAAUUUAUAUUACAUAAUAUUCUGUAUACAUAGUGGUCUUUAUGUGGUCUUCCCCAUUAGAAUGUAAGAUCUUUGAAGCAAAGAAUCCUACUUUUGCUUCUCCUAGUAUCCUCAGUACUUAGCAAAGUACCAGGCACUGAUGAAAAAAAAAAGGUUUGAUGGAGCCGUUGGUGGCCCAGGUGAUAGAGCCAGGCCCUGAGACAGGAAGUCCUGGGUUCAAAUCUGGCCUCAGACAAUUCCUAGCUUAAACCCAGUUGCCUAGCUCUUACUGUUCUUCUGCCUUGGAACCAACUAAGACUGAAGAUAAGGGUUAAAAAAAAAAGUUUGGUGACAUAGCCCCUGGCUUCCCAAGUAUCCUUAAUCUUAUCUACCUCUGGAACAAACCCAAGCCUCUCCUAGCAGAGAAUCUGUAGAAUUCUUUUUUUCCCCUUAUCUCUGCCUACUCGCUUCUCUGACUUAAAUGAAAAUCACAUUUAAUUGGAAGCCUUUCCCAACCCCUCUUCUUUUUUUUUUUUAAAUCCUUGCCUUUCAUCUUGAGUCAAUACUGUGUAUUGGCUCCAAGGCAGAAGAGUGGUAAGGGCUAGGGCAAUGGGAGUUAAGUGACUUGCCCAGGGUCACACAGCUGAGAAGUGUCUGAGGCCAAACUUGAACCUAGGACCUCCUGUCUCUAGGCCUGACUCUCAAUCCACUGAGCGACCCAGCUGCCCCCUCCUGAUCCCUCUUAAUACUAAUGCUUUCUCUCUUUUAUUUACUUCUCAUUUAGGUUCUUGUUUCUAUGUAUUUACUUGUCUCCUCCUUUAGCAAGUUCCCUUGAGUCUUGACUCUUUUGCUAUCCCCAAUGUUCAAUACAAUACCUGACACACAGGAAGUGCUUAAUAAUUAUCGCUUGACUGACUGAUUAAGGACUCUUACUUCCUCCAACUCAAGGAGUGAACCCCAGAAAUAGGUAGAAAAAAAAAAGUCUGAUAAGCGUUCCUCUCCAAUUCCAUCAAUCCUGUCCCCUCUCUCAUUGCCAAUGUGUGUGCAGUCGCUACUGGCCUAAGGAACUUGGGGCUUUAUCAUUCACCACUAUUUCUUGAACAGUGAAUGCUAAAUGGCUUUCAGACACAGAUUAAAAUUUUGCAGUCCACUUUUCUAGCUACUGAACUACCAGCUCUAGCUAGCUUCUUCAGUAUCAAAACAGAGAAGAGGAGGGAGGGUCAAGAGAAAGGAUGAAAGUGUCAUUGAGAAAAUGUAGGGCUAACCCUUCCACUUAGCAAAAGCACAAGGGAGACUGGUUAGAGAGGAGAGGAUUGGGGGACUAAGGAGUGAAGGCUCAGACACAGAAUGGGAAAACAGAAAGGAAAACUGAGAACUGGAAGUGGAAUUUGGGGUGAGAAGAAUUGUCAACAUGGAAUCUAGAAACCCUAAGUUUUAGGACUAGCUUAUAAGGUGGAGACCCUAAAGCUUGUACUUGUUCCCUGUUCCUGUGAGAAUCUACCCUGAAGGGAUUCUCAGGCUAGCAGUUUCAGACUGAAUAAUGGAUCCUAAGCUAAAUGAUAGUCAUAAGCUAAGUGCCUCUUUUUGCCUUAGAAGUUUCUCCCAUUGUACUACAUCCCCCUUUAGAGGAUCCAACUCAGGACCUUAGCUUAAGGGACAGAUGCACUGCCUACUGCACUAAGAAAGGACUUAACUUAUGCUUAGCCCUACCUAACUGGAAUUGUCAUUUACCUUAGGGUUUAUUAUUCAGUCUGAAACUGCUAGCCUGAGAUUCCCUUCAGAGUGAAUUAUUAAGUGAAUAGGGAACAAGGACAAGCUUUGGGGUCUCCAACUUACAAGCUAGUCCUAAAACUUGGGGUUUCUAGAUUCCAUGUUGACAGUCAAAGAUGAAACAGUAAGCAUGGAGAUAGGAAAAGUUUAGAAAAGGAGGUUCAGUUACUACUUUUUACAUAUACUUAAAAAACUCAAAUUAUUUAAUAGAAGCUCAUAGGUUUAUAUGAAAUCCUUUGUGUAUUAAAUAUUUGUUGAUUUUCACAUUUACAAUUUUUUUUAAGAGCAUCAAGAUAGGCAACUAGAUAAGCACAGUGGAUAGAAGAACAUCAGGCCUGGAAUUGGGAGAUCCUGGCCUCAGACAUUUCCUAGCUAUGUGACCCUGAGCAAAUCACUUAACCUCUAUUGCCUAGCCCUUGCAGUUCUUCAUUAUAUUGAUACUAAGUCAGAAGGUAAGGUUUAUUAAAAAAUAAAAUAAGAGCCUUAAGGAUGUGAUAGAAGGAACUGAGGAAAUAUCAGGAGAGCUGAGAGUAACCUGAAAUAUUGAUAAGAGGGAUAAAGCUAAAAUCUGAUGGGGGAAGGCUGAGGAUUCCUCCAGUGAAAAGGUAUGAAGGAAAGGUCAGAAAUUGACCAUAGGAUUUAGACUAGAAAAGGCCCUUGAUCCAACUGUCUUGUCUUAAAGAUGAAGAAAAUGAAACCUACAAAGGGAAUAUUACUUGCUAAAUGUCACACAGUAAGUGGAAGAGACAGGAUUAAAAUCCAGGUCCUCUGAUUCCAAGUGCAAUGAAGUCAGAUAUAGAUCAGGAAGGUGGGACCCAAAGCAUUUAUAUGGUGCUUUUAAGAUUAGCGAUGUGCUUUACACAUGUUGUUUCAUUUGUUUUUUACUUCCAUUUUACAGAUGAUGAAAUUGAGACUGAGGGGAAAAGUUAAAUGACUUGCACAGUCCUGGAGCUAGUGAAUGCCUGUGACAAGAUUUGAAUUCAGGUUUCCCAGACUCCAAGUCCAACACUUGGAAGGUCAUGGGCAGAGGAUAAGGAGGGACUGAGAAGGGUCAAGGUCUCUGACAAGUGAGCCUGGAGGGGGCAAGAGGUGGGAAGAUUGUGGGGCAGAGUAGCUAGCAGGUGUGGGGGUUAGGGAAUGAUGGGUUAUGGGUAAGAGGAUGGGUCGGAAGAGAGCGCUGGAGGGUCAGGAGCAGGAGACCGGCCUGGGUGCAAGCUAAGAGUCAUAAACAAGGGGAGAGGAUCUGGAAUUGGGGUCCAAGAUAAGGACUGAGGCUGCAAAGGGAGGAUAUUCUACACUUGCGGCUGUCCCUUUUCCGCCUGGGCCGGGCCAGCGCGUGCCACACUCUAGAUUCCUGGGCGGAAGGGUAUCAUAGGAUACCCAGGCCUCCCAGGCUUUUCGUCAAACACGUUCUUCCUUCAGUUCUCUCACAACAGCCUAGCAAAACCCGAGGCUCUCCGACUCCGCGCUGGACCCCGCCCCGCUCUGCCUCUGGGCUGCCAAGAUCCGGCCCUUCCCUUCCACUGGACCCCUGAACGAGGGCCGCCGCUCCUCCUCCCCUCCCCGCUCCCCUCAGCUCCCGCCUGGGGGCGCGCGCUCCCCUCCUCCGGCCAGCCCGGUCUCCGCCCCGUUUCCCGCCUGUCACACACACCCCCUCCGCCCCAAGCCUUGGCAGCUGGGAGGCGACGCCCGCCCGGCCGCCUCCGCUCUGAGCCCGCGGGGCUGUGCCGCCGGCUCCAGCUCCCGCUAGGCUCGAGCUCCGCUCCGGCUCCCGGGGCUGCGGGGGCGGGGGCGGGGUCAAGAUGGCUUCAUCUGGGGCGGGGAGGCCGAGUCUGUGAAGGGGGUAAGGGGCACGGCCACCAUGGACACCGAACAGCGGCCCGCGGCAGCAGCUGCGGGUGCGGGAGACGAGGGCACCCCAGGACUGGAGACGGCCUCCCCACCCGCCCCCAGCUCGGCUACCGCCGCCCCAGGACCCUCGCCUGCUCCGGGACCCGAAUCGGGACCCGGGCCGAUGCGGCGGCAGCUCGGGGCCCUGCUCCAGCCCGCCGUCAACAAGUUCUCUCUCCGGGUGUUCGGCAGCCACAAGGCAGUGGAGAUUGAGCAGGAGCGGGUCAAGUCAGCUGGAGCCUGGAUCAUCCAUCCCUAUAGUGACUUCCGAUUUUACUGGGACCUGAUCAUGCUGUUGCUAAUGGUAGGGAAUCUCAUUGUCCUCCCCGUGGGCAUCACCUUUUUCAAGGAGGAAAACUCCCCACCCUGGAUUGUCUUCAAUGUCCUCUCUGACACCUUUUUCCUGCUGGACCUGGUGCUGAACUUCAGGACAGGGAUCGUGGUGGAAGAAGGAGCAGAGAUACUCCUGGCUCCCCAAGCCAUCCGCACUCGCUACCUCCGCACCUGGUUUCUGGUGGAUCUUAUCUCCUCCAUCCCAGUGGACUACAUCUUCCUGGUGGUGGAGUUGGAGCCAAGACUGGAUGCUGAGGUUUACAAGACAGCCAGGGCCCUUCGAAUUGUCCGUUUCACCAAGAUCCUCAGCCUGCUUCGAUUGCUCCGCCUCUCCCGCCUCAUCAGAUACAUCCACCAGUGGGAGGAGAUCUUUCACAUGACCUAUGACCUGGCCAGUGCUGUGGUUCGGAUCUUCAAUCUCAUUGGGAUGAUGCUGUUGUUGUGUCAUUGGGAUGGCUGCCUACAGUUCCUGGUCCCAAUGCUCCAGGACUUUCCUCCUGACUGCUGGGUUUCCAUCAACCACAUGGUGAAUCACUCGUGGGGCCGCCAAUAUUCUCAUGCCCUCUUCAAAGCCAUGAGUCACAUGCUGUGUAUAGGCUAUGGACAACAAGCACCUCAGGGCAUGCCGGAUGUUUGGCUCACCAUGCUUAGCAUGAUUGUAGGUGCUACAUGCUAUGCCAUGUUCAUUGGUCAUGCCACUGCCCUCAUCCAGUCUCUUGACUCAUCCCGUCGCCAGUACCAAGAGAAGUAUAAGCAGGUGGAGCAGUACAUGUCCUUCCACAAACUACCAGCUGAUACCCGUCAACGCAUCCAUGAGUACUAUGAACAUCGCUACCAGGGCAAAAUGUUUGAUGAGGAAAGCAUCCUGGGGGAAUUGAGCGAGCCACUUCGAGAGGAGAUCAUUAACUUCACCUGUAGGGGCCUGGUGGCCCACAUGCCCCUGUUUGCUCAUGCUGACCCCAGCUUCGUCACUGCUGUGCUCACCAAACUUCGAUUUGAGGUCUUUCAACCGGGUGACCUUGUGGUUCGUGAAGGCUCUGUGGGCAGAAAGAUGUACUUUAUUCAACAUGGAUUGCUCAGUGUGCUGACCCGUGGUGCUUGGGACACACGUCUCACUGAUGGUUCUUACUUUGGGGAAAUCUGCCUACUGACUAGGGGUAGGCGAACAGCUAGCGUGAGGGCUGACACCUACUGUCGCCUCUACUCACUCAGUGUGGACCACUUUAAUGCGGUGCUAGAGGAAUUCCCCAUGAUGCGGAGAGCCUUUGAGACAGUUGCCAUGGACAGGUUGCACCGAAUUGGAAAGAAAAAUUCCCUGCUUCAGCGCAAGCGUUCAGAACCCAGCCCAGGAAGUGGUGGCAGUGGGGUCAUGGAGCAGCAUCUGGUACAGCAUGACCGAGACAUGGCUCGGGGAGUGAGGGGGCUGGCCCCGGGCACAGGUGCUCGUCUGAGUGGGAAGCCAGUGCUCUGGGAGCCCCUGGUCCAUGCCCCACUGCAAGCAGCUGCAGUCACCUCUAACGUGGCCAUUGCUCUUACCCACCAUCGGGCACCGCUGCCCCUCUCUCCAGACUCUCCUGCCGCUCUUCUUGCUCGUUCAGCUCGUCGCUCAGCUGGCUCACCAGCCUCACCGCUGGUGCCUGCUCGUGGACUGCCUUUGUUGGCUCGAGGGCCUUGGGCAUCCACCUCCCGCCUGCCUGCACCAGCAGCCCGAACUCUUCAUGCCAGCUUAUCCCGGGCAGGCCGGUCACAAGUUUCCCUGUUAGGUCCUCCACCUGGGGGUGGUGGACGGCGGCUAGGGCCCAGGGGACGGCCACUUUCAGCAUCACAACCAUCACUUCCUCAUCGAGCAGCUGGAGAGGGCUCCCCUGGGCGCAAGGGUUCAGGAGGUGAGCGCUUGCCCGCCUCGGGGCUCUUAACCAGGCUUCCAGGCACUGCCCAACCCCUCAGGCCUCCUGCCUCUGAUCCAGGUACUAGUAGGGGCCCUCAACUUCCUGCUAAUAUGUGAGACUCUUGGGUGCAUCUAACUUUGAUUCUUGUGAGAGGUGUGGGUGCUUUGAUGUCUGUAGGUACCACAGACAAAGUAUUACACACUGUGGAUGUCCCCCAUCACUACCAAGUGGAAGUGUCUAUAUGUCCCUUAGCUCAGCCAUACCCCUUCAUGACAUGCCUCCAUCACUGCCAAAUAGAAGUAUCUCUGUGCCCUUUGCUUAGAGCAUCCCCUUGGCCAUAGGCCUUCCCUGGUAUAAGCAUUUUCCCCCUUUUCCCUAUUCAACAAGGUAUGAGGGUCUUCUUAUCCUCAUCACUGCCAAGUAGAAAAAUUUCUUCUGUUUUCCCAGGUCAGGCAUCCCUCUGCUCAUGAGCCCUUUGGGUCAGAUACUGUAUCACUGCCCAGGGUGGCUCCCUGCCUGUUCUCCCUCACUGCCAAGACCACAGGCCUCUGUGCCCCCCCUUGUUGUAUUGGGCAUCCACCUCUGCUCUCAUCACUGCCAUUUGUAGGCACCCACCCGUCUAUGGCCCUCUCAAUGAAUACAUACACCUCUUGCCCAAAUGGGCGUCUUUUGCCAGCUUUCCUGGAUCCUAACUUUGUUGUAGAAAAACAUUGUGAACAAAGAGCCACGUCCUCCUUGUGCUCCUAACCAGUUGUGCCCCUGGGGAUGGAGGCUGUCCAGCCCCUCCCUAAUGAAUGUGCCAGCCUAGGAGCCCUUUUGGGGACAGUAGCUGAUUCCUUAGGGAAUUAAUUAUGUAUUUCCCUCUCUCAUAGGGGGAGGGGGAAAGACAGAGGGGGUCCCUCUCUCUUCAUGCCAGCUCUGUGGCCCUUGCCUGUCUCCAUCAGCAAUACUUGGACUCUCCAGUUCCCCAACCAUGUAGGGGGAGGGAAGGGGGCAGUUUUUACCUUUAGGUGUCUUUUUUUCCUAUACUGUGAGAGUGGGGAAAAGGCAAGAAUCCAAGCCACAGAGUAGGGGAAAUAGGGAACAGGGGAGGGGAGGGGCAGACCAGCCAGCACCUCUGCCUUCUCAGGGAUACAGGAAACCCCUCCCACCUCCCCAUCUGUCCCUGUCUUCCCCCUCCAUAGCAUUAGCAUAGGAAGAACAGGAGCCAGACCCCUGGCAUACAGUUCCCCUGCCUCACUCUAGGCUCUGGGAUUCUUGUGUGGGUGUGGGUGUGGGUGUGUGUGGAGGAAUUCUUUAUUUUUUUUAAUGUUUGUUUACAGAUAGUUGAAUAUAUAAAAAAAAGAAAAA